UCCCACCCUUCCCUUCCCUUUCUCUGUCCUCUCCCAUGUGCACUCCCACGUCCCUUUGCCAUGUCACCCUCCUCUCUUAAUUCUCCUUCUCUCCUCCAUUGCCCUUGCCGCUCCCACACCCUUCUUCGUUCUUACUUUUUCAUACCCUUCUUUUUGCCACCAUUUCCACAUUUUCAUCGUCUUUGCCACCGUUCUCACGCCUUUCCAUCUCCUCUUACUGCUCCUUUUUAAUCGCUUUCUUUUCUCUUUCUUUUAUCCCUCGCUUUCUCUACAUCCCGCACCUUCCCAACAGCGCUCUUGAGACAACCAUUACUUUUCCCCUCCUCUUCUUUCCAUUGAUGCUUCGCAGUAUCAUGACUACCAGCACCUUGAACUUGUUCUGCCUUGUUGAUGGAGACAAAACCACGUUCUCUGUCGAGAUUGACCCAACAAAGUCAGUCGACCAUCUCAAAGACCUCGUCAAGGCCAAGCAGACUCCUGAUUUUGACGACAUCACAGCCAAGGAUCUUACUCUCUGGAGGGUCUCCAUCCCAAUCGUGCCUAAGAGCGAGCGCAAGGAAAUCUUGCUUGCUGAUGCCGCGUCAAAAGAGGAGCUUGAUGAGACAGACGACAUUGCUGACGUAUUUACCGACACACCUCCCAAGAAGACGAUCCACAUCAUCGUCCAGCGCCCUCCUCCCAAAGUCCAUGCACCUGUCCCCUCUCGCUCAUUGACUCCACUCCCUGGCUAUCCCUCGGAUGGUUCUCGUCCCAGUUCCCCUCUCUCUGGUGAUCUCCGAGCUGACAUCAAAAAAAUCGCGGACCGAUUCUUUGCUCCUGGAUCUCCUGCCUCAGCCUUUCUGGAUGCAUACGUGCGCGGUGAAAAGGCGCUCCCUGUGACUACAACUGGGAUAAAAGGGCUGCCAAAAGUCCUACGGCGAGGCGUUGUUGACAGCAAGGAUUCAGGACCAAGUCUUCUUUUUCUGGAUUUACCAAGCCCUCCAUUGAAUGUGGGCGAUCCGAUACCGGAGCGAUUUCAGUCAAAUGUUCUUUUGAGCACGCUGGAAGGUCCUAAAUUGCCGUCAGAGCUUUUCAAGCGCAAGCUGGGCCAUUCUCCAAGUUUGUCCUCACAUGUUUAUGGAUGUUUUCUUGGACCUAUUCAAGACGCUCUUUAAGAAGCUGAACGAACGUUCACUUUUCGAGUUGAUCCUGACAAGUGUCAUUCAGGACGAAUUUUUGUUGGUGCGCGAUCUGCUGACUGGUCACCGAUAUCCGAACUUCUCGGAUGGGUCCAAGUUGAGGCUGGUUGUGGACGAAGCCCAGAUUCUGAGCGACAAAGGGAGUUCAAAAUUCCGUUCUUCUUACCUGGAAACCGAUCCACGACCAAUGUUGAGCCCUGUCCUGAAUGGCUUUCGAAACGC